AUAUCACCAUUUCCUCAUCCAUUUUUCUCUCACAGACUCUGGGGUUGUUUCCAUGGCUCUUGUGAAUAACGCUGCAGAGAACCUGAGAGGGCAGAUGUCUCUUUGACAUGCUGACCUCUUUCUUUCACGUAGAAACACAGAAGUAGUGUUGCUAGAAUACAGGCAGUUCUAUUCUUCAUGUUUUCAGAAACCUCCCUACUAUUUUCUGUAGUGGUUGUACCAUUUUCUUUCCCACCAACCGUGCACAAGGGUUCCCCUUUCUCCACAUCCUUACCAACACUUAUCUUUUGUCUUUUUGAUCAUAGCCAUCCUAGCAGAGAGGGGGGUAAUAUCUCACCGCGGUUUUGUUGCUGGAGGGCUCAGGAGGCUCUCUGGAUGCCGGAGAGACCCCAGUCCCAGCCAGUUUCCAGGUUCUGGAUGCUGUCGGGAGAAAGAAUUCAGGGAUGAACCAGAAUGAAGUGAAAGGCGAGAAGUUUCUAUUCCAGAGGAAAACACACUGUUAGGAGAGAACUGUGGGCGUGAUUCUGAAAGCUCGUGGCGCUCAGUGGAGUUCGGGGUUUCUAUUUUUGUCUGUCCUUCUAAUUAGGAGGUGAACUAAUCAUUAGGUUUUCUAGGAAAAAAGCAGAGAGUUUUUAGAAUUGGUGAGGUACCCAUUUUUGUACUACAUAUGGGCAUGCUGGGGUCAGCCGUGACACUGCAGAGUGUGUGAUUUAGUGUGGUAAUGACCAUGGUCAUUACUGUGGCAAUGCUUUCAACCAGCUUCACUACCUCCGGUUUCUUAUCACCUCAUCAGCCCAGGGUCCUCCUUGUCCUUGUAAUUUUAAUGACGAGUGCCUAAUUUUAACAGCCACUGAUUUGGUCUUCUGUGAAAUUGUCACUGGAUACGUUCUCCAUUCUCUUGUGACCACACAGUAUUCCUGUCUCAGUUUAAAUUGCAUUUCUCGGAUGGUGAGUCAUGUUGAGCUUGUUCUUCAGUACUUGCUGGUCGUUGGUGUGUGCUUUUCAGAGAAAUGUCUAUUCAGGUUUUUCCCAUUGGAAUUUGGAUUAUUUUGGCUUUUUUUUCUUUUUGCUACGACCUUGAAAAUAUUCCUUAUAUGUUUUGGAUAUUAGUCCACUGUCAUAUAUAUGGCUGCUUGUUUGGUUUCUUUUAGUUCUGUUUUUUGCUUUUUUUUUUUUUCCCGCUAUGCAGAAGAUUCAGUUUUACCUGGUACGACUUAUGUGUAUUUUGUGUCUUGUCCUUUUGGUGCGCUAUCAGGGUUUUCACCACAUCCACUUUGCACAGUUGGGUAAGUAGAAGGUCUUCAAAUGGACUCCAGCAGUGUCCAAUAGAAAGAUAAGAUAACCCAUAUAUGUAAUUGUAAAUUCAUUUUCUGGUAGUCACAUAAAAUAGAACAAAACAAACCUAAUGAAUUUUAACUCAAAAUAUACUAUAAUUUAACAUGUGAGCAACUUUAAACGUUCUCAAGCAGAUAGUUUACGUUCUCUUUUCCCUCUUAUGUCUUCAAAAAUAAGAGUGUAUUUGGCUCACAGCACAUCUCCAUUCAGAUAUGCCCCAUUUCAAGACUCAAUAGCGAUUUGUCACUGGUGGCUACCAUAUCAAACAGCUCAGGUCUAGACUCCUUUACUAUUUCAACUCAAAGUCUUUCGGUGAAUCAUGCCCUGUAUUCCAAUGGGUAUUACAGAUAUUAGAAGUUCAGGGCCUCGAGUCAUUGACAUUUGUAUUCAUGUUGUGUCUUCAUCACUAGCAGUAGUGAUUUUAAGUAUCGUGCAAUGAUAGCUCCACGCAUGUAAAGAUAAAAGCCCCAGACACUAUCAGCUGUUCAUUCAGCUCGUGGAAAUUCUAAUUCCGUGUUCAUUUUUUUUUCUAUAGAUAUUUGCCAUGGCUGAGCACUUCAAACAGGUCAUUAGAUGUCCUGUCUGCCUAAAAGAUCUUGAAGAAGCCGUGCAACUGAAAUGUGGAUAUGCCUGCUGCCUCUCGUGCCUCAAUUUACUCCAGAAGGAGCCCGAUGGGGAAGGUUUACUGUGCCGUUUCUGCUCUGUGGUCUCUCAGAAGGAUGACAUCAAGCCCAAGUACAAGCUGAGGGCGCUGGUUUCCAUCAUCAAGGAACUAGAGCCCAAGCUGGAAAAGGUUCUAACAAUGAACCCAAGGAUGAGGAAGUUUCAAGUGGAUAUGACGUUCGAUGUGGACACAGCCAACAACUAUCUCAUCAUUUCUGAAGACCUAAGGAGUUUCCGAAGUGGGGAUUUGAGCCAGAAUAGGAAGGAGCAAGCUGAGAGGUUCGACACUGCCCUGUGCGUCCUGGGCACCCCUCGCUUCACUUCCGGCCGCCAUUACUGGGAGGUGGACGUGGGCACCAGCCAAGUGUGGGAUGUGGGUGUGUGCAAGGAAUCUGUGAACCGACAGGGGAAGAUUGUGCUUUCUUCAGAACACGGCUUCUUGACUGUGGGUUGCAGAGAAGGAAAGGUCUUUGCUGCCAGCACUGUGCCUAUGACUCCUCUCUGGGUGAGUCCCCAGUGGCACAGAGUGGGGAUUUUCCUGGAUGUAGGUAUGAGGUCCAUUGCCUUUUACAAUGGUAGUGAUGGGUGCCAUAUCUACACAUUCAUCGAGAUUCCUGUUUGCGAGCCAUGGCGUCCAUUUUUUGCUCAUCAACGUGGAAGUCAAGAUGAUCAGAGCAUCCUGAAUAUCUGUCCUGUGAUCAAUCCAGCCAGUGCCAGUGCCCCCGUUUCUUCCGGGGGAAAGUAAAUAAACAUUUCAACAUAAUCAUCUUUAGGAAGUUUCUGUGCGCCCAUAGCCAUAGCUAAGAACUUUUCUGCUAGAUACACAUAGGUACAAAGGGACAGAAGGGGAAGAGCCAUCACUCUGUAAACCAUGAACAGAAAGCAAUUAUAUUAAUGAGGGGAAAAUUACAUUGUACUUAAAGUUUGUCAUGUUGUUUUCUUUGGGGCUUAUGUUUAUAUUUCUGUUCAAUAAAUAUUU